CAAGCAGCAGCUCUGCUGGAACUUCUUACACCACUGCCAACGUCACUUCUACUAGAGUUGACACCACUACCACCUCCAGUAUCAGUGGUACCUCUGCCAGCACCGGUACCACAGGAACCUCUACCAACGCGAGUACCACAGCAACAUCUACCAGCGCCGGUACCACUACUGUCUCCUACACCUCUACAAGCACCAUUUCCUCUGGAUCGUCUUCAAAUCCUACAUCCACCGUAGGAACAACGGCUGUCUCACAGAUAAACAGCACUGUUCCCGGAGAACCAGGUAUCACCACGGAUUCAUCACACCCGAAUGGAGGUAACGAGAGUUGA